AAGCCGCCAUGGACGUGAAGAAGAAGCAAAUGGAUCUCCUGAGCAACAGUAUGGCGGCUUACGCGCACAUCAAGGGCAACCCGGAGAGCUUCGGCCUCUACUUUGUGCUGGGCGUGUGCUUCGGCCUGCUUCUGACGCUCUGCUUGCUGGUCAUGCGCAUCUCCUGCGAGCCGCGCCACCGGACGGCCGCCGCCGCCGCCGCGCCCGAGAAAAAAAUACCGCGGGACGAGGAGGAGCGGGAAAGCGCCGGGGAGGAAGACGACGCGGACGACGUGGAAGCGGCCCCCCCGCCGCUCGCCGUCGCCACCGAGAUCCCCGCCGGGAACGGCGGCGCGGGCGACGUGUUCGCCUCGGCCGAGGAGCUGGAGAGGGCGCAGCGGCUGGAGGAGCGCGAACGCAUCAUCCGGGAAAUCUGGAGGAACGGACAGCCGGACGUCCUGGGAUCGGGAACGGCCACCGUCGGGAGAGUGCGCUACUACUAACGCGUGCCGGGCCCCCCCCCCCGAGACUCCGAGUUGGGAAGCCGAGCGCAUUUGAAGUAUGCCGCCGAUUCGUUGACUUGAAAUGCGCACCCCCCCCAAAAAGUCAGCGCGGAGAUUGGGGCUGAGCCGUAUCACGGUUGCUCAUUGGAUGGCAAAAAUGCCACAACUUGGAGGUGCUGCAAGUUGGCAGCAAAGCGCCACUUCUAGUUUUUUUUUUUUGGCUGGGGUCUCUGCUCAUUUCAGCAGACUUCCUUGACGCCAAAACGCCGGCGGCUGGCCCGUCGGCCGAUGGGAUCGAAAAUCGCUCCCGUAAAACGCGUCUUUUGGCUUGAGAUACGACGGAAUGGAGACAAAGCAACGAACACGGAGAGCAUCGCGGAAGACGGCACCAUCGCCGCGUCUGCUUGGAUGCAUUUGGUGCCGUCUGCAGUCCCGCGGCUAAAGAAAAGAAAAAAUGCUUGAGCUUGUCUCAGCUGGUCCGCGACACCCCCCCAAAAAAAGGUCGGGUGCUGCGCUCGGAAAAACGCCGCAGAGUUUCAACGCGAUGCCGCUCAAAUUGCUUCGGCCUCCUCGAAAGCUAAACCCCCCCCAAAUAUUCUCAGCAAACGCCUUCUGGGGAGGAAAAAGAACAAAACAUCGCUAAAGCCGUGAAUGCUAAAGUGCAAAUCAGCAGCUGUGCAAGGUGGACUUGAAUUGGAGGUCGAGCUCCCUUUGCGUUUGGGGAAAGGGGGGGCGGGGGGACAUUCUCUGUCCAUGUCCUUCACUUUUUGGGAGCAGUUUGUGCGCUGAGCGGAGAGUAGGACGGCCGUCGCCCAAGUUCUGCCGCGGCAACAAAGAAAACGACUCGGUGAGAACACCAACCUAUCGCUUAGCCUGGGGGUGGGGCUGGGGGGGCGGGGCGUACUGAAAUGAAGGUCAAAACGAAGCGGAAAUGAAAGCAUUCCGCUCAAAUCAAUAGCAGAUGCCGCCUCGGGGGGCAAAGGGAUUUAUCAGCAGAAACAUUUGGCAGCGUGUUCCUCAUUUGCAAGGGAGCCUCGCCUCGCGUGCCUUAUUUGGAAUGGAAAGGCAUCCCUGGAAGAAAAUCUCAGGCUCGAACCACAAACAAAACGGGACCUCUUGUGGGAGAGAAAAACGUUUGUACGCGGCCGGCCGCUGAACAGGAAGCGCCCGCAUCUGGUGGGAUGGUUCAGAAGGAGGGGGUCGGGGUGGGGGUGGCUCCAAAUGGACCUUCCACCGUAGCCACACAAGUAAAAGCGUGUGGGCUAUCCACUUCAAUCCCUCCCCUCAGUCAUGACCCUGAAUCGGUUCCCGAGGAGCAACCCAGUCAGCAAAAUCGGUCUGGCCCAGCUCCGGGGCAGACGCGACACGUACACUCGGCCCACAUACGUCAAUGAAUGACGGUCCUGCAGUGGCCCACAUCUGGCAUCCAUGAUGUGGGCCGCAUUGUAAAACCAUAUCCGGUCCUAACCAGGGAACGGGAUCCUGAUAUCAGCCCGAAUUCAACCUCAACCAAGCCACAUCUUUCAUGAGCCAUAUGUGACCCACAUUAAAAAACACGACUGUGAUAAAAAUA